AUGGCAGCAGGAUUGGCAUUUUCUACAAAUUCCCAUUUAGAAAGACAUUUGAGAAUUCAUACUGGUGAAAAAUCUUAUUCGUGUGAACACUGUUCCCGGGCAUUUGCUCAUUCUGAAACUUUAAAACGACAUUUGAGAGUUCAUACUGGCGAGAAACCGUUUUCGUGUGAACGUUGUUCCAGGGCAUUUUCUUCAAAUUCAGAACUACAAAGUCAUUUGAGAAUUCAUACUGGCGAAAAACCCUAUUCAUGUGAACAUUGUUCCAGGGCAUUUGCUCAGUCUGACUCUUUAAAACGACAUUUGAGAAUUCAUACUGGCGAGAAACCCUAUUCGUGUGAACGUUGUUCCAGGACUUCAACUGAGCCUGCUGCAGACUUUGAAGAAAUAAACACUCCAACUGUGUUAGUUAAUGCUGGCACUCAAACUGACAAAACCUAUAGUAGUGUAGGUGUGCAAGUAGGGAGUUCAUGUUUUUCAAAUGUCUGCAAAGAAGUCCAAACAAAUGAUCUGCCAGAGGCUGCAUUGGAUUCAGAUUCAGAGAUCUCGGCUGCAGAAGAAAAUUCUUCCGAUGAUUUUGGUUCCGGUGAUUCCUCCAUCGCAGAAAAUUCUGGAGAUGAUUGUUGUCCUGUUGAUAAUAUUUCCAUGGCGCAUCAAGCCUGUACUGAAGAAAAGCAGCAUUAUUCUUGUGAAUACUGCUUGAAGAUUUUUACUGAAGCUUUGGAGUUAGAGGCCCAUAUGAGAGUUCAUGCUGAGAAAGAAACGUAUUCGUGCCAGUACUGCUCAAAGCCUUUUCCUCGAGUUGAAAAAUUGAAGAUGCAUUUAAAAGUCCACACUCAAGAAAAAAACUUUUGUUGUGAUGUUUGUCCUAAGUCGUUUUCUUACCUUUCCAGUUUAAAGAAUCAUCUAAGAGUCCAUACUGGAGAAAAACCGUAUUCUUGCGAUGAUUGUCCAAAGUCGUUUUCUGAAUCUUCAAAAUUGAUACGACAUCUGAAAGUCCAUACUGGAGAAAAACCGUAUUCUUGUGAUGUUUGUCCACAGUCGUUUUCUGAAUCUUCAAAAUUGAUAAGACAUCUGAAAGUCCAUACUGGAGAAAAACCUUUUUCAUGUGAUUGUUGUUCUAAGACAUUUUCCGAAGCUUCAAACUUGAAGGUGCAUUUGAAAGUCCAUACUGGCGAAAAACCGUAUUCUUGUGAUGAUUGUCCAAACGAAACCUUGAAAAGGCACAUGAGGACACACACCAAAGAGAAGCCAUAUACUUGCCAAAUCUGUGAACGAAGCUUUGCCACUCAUACAGCUCUACGGUUCCAUCUGAGAACUCAUACUAAAGAGAAGUCUUUUGCUUGCGGUUUUUGUGACAAGAGCUUUAGUACCAAUUGCAAUCACCUGGACUUACAUGACAUUGUACUUCACCAAGCAUGUCAGCUGAUUGACUCUGUUGUAUUGAUGCAAUUGAAGACAUUUUCGAACUCUUGA